AUGGCGGAGGCCGAUAUUCGCGUUGAGGACUAUCUCAACGAUAAGUUGCAGUCGACCACAGACUUUGAGCAUCUCGACACAUUGCUCAGCAGCGUCGAGUACCAGCGCAGCCAGCUCCAGUCGCAGCUCGACGAUGCCACGCGCGAGCUCGACGACAUCCGCCGUUCUGCUGAGGAUCGCAACACCGCCCUAAUUUCCCAGAUACGCGAGUUCGAGUCGCUGCAGCAGAGCAUUGACAUCCGCCUCCAGAUUGCCGCCGCAUCCGAUGCCCCUGACGAUGCCAUCCAGCGCCUCGAGCCGCCCAUGAAGCGGCUGCACAGCGUCAAUCUGGCCCAUAGCUACCUAGUCCUGCUGCGCGACGUCCAAGAUUUGCGUCAGGCCGCCCGCGCCCAUUUGCCGCAGAGUCCAAAGGCCGCGCUGGAGCCCUACACGAAACUGAAGCGGCUGUCGUUGCGCCUCAGGAAACUCCAAGUCCAGGCCGAUGGCGCUGCAGUGCACCUCGUCACCUACGUCGAGUCUGUGACCGACAUACUCUGGGACGAGAUGAAGAAGACUAUGCGGGGCGAGCUUGAGGCUGUCCUGAAGGAGCGCGGCUGGCCAAAUGUCAACCCGGAUCUGGAGGUGGAUCAGGACUGGCUUCGCUGCUUUGAGAGGUUGCUCGAUCUCCAGGCCCCCGAGAUUCUCUACUCCCCAGGCGUAGUCACACUUCUACCCGUGGAUGUCAUGGCGCAGAUUUUCGUCCACGAGUUUCGCUUUCAUUUUAUGAGCGGCAAGCCAACCAGCCUACCGCAGGCUAUUGGCACCCAUUGCUUCCCGUGGCUUCUAGCUCUUAUCGAGAAAUGGGAAGGCUUCUUCCAGGAAAACUUUGGGCCAGUCCUAGCCGCAAAAUUCAGCGACACGUCUGUUUCCCACAGGAUGGUGUACAUGGACCCCGUGUGCGCCUUCGUCGCAUCCAUGCUACCAAUCCUAAGGGAGAAGAUUGCCUCAACAAUGGCUGACGCGACCAAGGAUCCCGUUUUCCUCAGCAGUCUUAUGGCCCAGCUCAUGGCUUUUGAUCAGGGGCUCAGAGUCGGCUUCAACUAUGACGGCGGAGAUGCCGACAAUGAAUGGGGCGGCCUCGCCUCCGAAGUGCUUGACGAACACUUCAGCACAUGGCUGGAGGCGGAGAAAAAGUUUGCUCUCGAGAGGUUCCAGGCUAUAAUGGCGCCUUCGGACUCGCGAAAUAUUGACUAUGACUUUGCCGCGGGCGGAAAGACUAAACCUACAUUUGCUACGGUCCGCGUUACUGAUCUACUGCGAUCAGUCACGGCGCAAUAUGAGGGUGUUAGACGUUUCUCCCACAAGCUACGGUUUCUUAUAGACAUCCAGCUUACUAUACUGGACGAGUUCCACGACCAUCUCAGGGGCAUACUUGAGGCUUACCUCGGCAUCAUUUCAACCGUCGGUAGGGCUUUUGGUGUGACUAAGGAGCAAUUGGCGGCCUUGGAAGGCACUGGGGCGCUCGAGACCUUGUGUAAGGUGUAUGGGAGUGCAGAUCACAUUGUCAAUACACUGAAGGACUGGAGCAAUGAGGAGUUCUUUGUGACGCUCUGGGAACAGCUUCAGUCGAGAGCCAAAUCCCGCGAGAACCAGAGCAAUCUAGCAGGCGAGAUGAGCUACGACGACGUUAGGGACCGGACCUCGUCAGCCGUAGGCACCGAGGAGGACGGCGGCGUUCUUUUUGACGAGACAAUUGCUGCAUAUAGCCAGAGAAGAAAGCGCGCCCAAGAAUUCCUCUCAGAAACUCUCAUAGAGUCUCACCGAAAGGUUUUCAAGGCCUAUCUCCACCGGCCGCAAUGGAGCACAAUCGUAGACGACUCUUCAAUCGACCCAUACCAGCUUACCGCUGUGACGCCCGAGCUGGAUGAGCCAUUAAGAAUCCUCAGGCGGGAUCUAAAGUUCCUGUCGCGGGCUCUUGGGACAGCCGUCUUCCGCCGCAUCUGGCGCGAGGCACUGGAGCGGCUGAACAGCAUGCUGUGGAGCGAUGUCUUGAUGAGUCACAGGUUCACAGCCUCUGGGGCCGUCCAGUUCGCGCGCGAUCUGCGAGCUCUCUGCUCACUCGUCGAGCGCUUUAUACCCGACGGUUCCGGCGCGCUUGGAGGCCUGACUGAUGCUCUCCGUCUCCUGAAUCUCCCCAUCGCAGCAGAGGAAGGUGUCAUGUCACUCAGGAAGGCAACUGAUAUGAUGUUUACCGACAAUGCCGAGGCCAAGAAAGCCCUAGAAGAAAUGGAUAUUGACUCCCUGACUCCGGCCCACGCCCGGCAGAUUUUGAAGCGCAGGGUAGAGAAUGCCGAGUGA